AUUUCUCUCUAUAUAUUCUUGAUCGGAUUUGACCAGAUUAUGACUGGUUUCUGAACGGAUUUCCCUCUGGUACGUAUUUCCAGCCUGAUUUGACCGUUGACGGGUUUUUUGUCUGAGUCCGGCUGACUCGAAUCGUUAACCCCCCAUAAAACCCUCAUUUUCGUAUAAAUAACAGAAACUAAACCCCUCAAAACCCUAAUCACCCGAAUUUCUCUCUGUGGCGAUUGGUGACCUUAAAUAUCUAAAUUAGCUGAAAUUUAAGCCCAAAAGAUGGUUGAAACCUUGUUUGAAGAUAUAUUUAGGGUUGAUCAGCUUGACCCAGAUGGCAAGAAAUUCGACAAAGUUAAUCGCAUUGAAGCACGGAGCGAUCAAUUUGAUAUGUACAUGCAGCUGGAUGUGAAUUCAGAGGUCUAUCCCAUGCACGUUGGUGAGAAGUUUAUGAUGGUACUAGCAACUACCUUGAAUUUGGAUGGAACCCCUGACAGUGGAUUUUUUACUCCGGGUGGCCGAAAGUCGCUUGCUGACAAAUUUGAAUACGUGAUGCAUGGAAAGUUAUAUAGGAUCUCUGAGGAAGGCUCGGGAGCCAAUGUUAAAGCGGAUAUCUAUGUUUCCUUUGGUGGUUUAUUGAUGUUGUUGAGAGGUGACCCCUCAAUUGCAGCUAAGUUUGAGCUUGAUCAGAGGUUGUUCAUCCUCAUAAGGAAGGUGGACAAGGCUUAAUUCAACAUACCGCAAUCAAGGUCUGUUAUGAAGUGAAAGUAAUGGUAAUUUGCCUUUAUAACUCUGAUGUAAAAUGUGUUAAGUUGCUCAUGAUGUGUACCUUUUGGGUUGCCAUGAAUUGUUCAAGUGGAAGUCGCCAACUUAUUAAUUGUAUGACUUGAUAGAUUUCUGAUCAUAUGGUAUAAACAUGGCAUUUUUGAA